UCUUUUCGAAACUCGCAUUCUGCACUUGGCAGAGCAGUGAUGGAAGAGGUUGGUGGGAGGCAAAGCGAAUAGAAAGCGAAUGCAUUGCAUUUGCAUCUCUUUGCAUCUCCUCUGUGCGCUGUUGUGUGUUGCUUUUUCCUUCUCUCUAGUCUCUCUGCUGCUGGGAGGGAUGGACAGAGAUUACAGUGAAAAGAGGGAGGAAAGGAAGUGAGGAGAAGGGGAGAGAGAGAGAGAGAGAGAGAGAGAUCCUCCUGAAAUUGACCUGAAACCUCUCUCACCAGAGAUCCCAUCGCACAAGUGGGGUUUGACGAUGCUCCAGUGAAGUCCAACCCAGGAUGUCCCUGAUGUUUGGGAAAGGCAAAUCCAGUGGGUUGCUCCAUUCAUCCAACUCCCUGGAUCGAGAGAAGAGUCUCCCAACUUCCAUUCAGGAAUGUAACCUUGUCAUGUUGGGUUGCACUGGAUCUGGGAAAUCUGCUCUGACUGUGAAGUUUCUCACCAAAAGAUUCAUAAGCGAAUACGAUCCACACUUGGAGGAUAUCUACACUUCUGAAGAGCUGGUAGAUCAUCAGGCAGUCUUGGUGAAGAUAAUGGACACAGCUGAUCAGGACAAGCCAACAAACUCGGAACGUUACCUAAACUGGGCAAAUGCGUUCAUUGUGGUCUACAGCAUCGAUAACAGGAGGAGUUUUGAGGGUUGCCAGCAAUACCUCACUGUAAUUGCCAACCACACCAAAGGCCUGCCACACGACUGUCCCGUUAUUUUGCUGGGCAAUAAAUUGGAUAUGGAGAGAUAUAGGCAGGUGAGCAAGGCUAAUGGUGUGUCCUUGGCGUCCAAAUCUAACAGCUUGUUUUACGAAGUAUCUGCCUGUCUGGACUUUGAGUCUGUCCGGCACGUCUUUCACGAAGCGAUACGUGAGGUGAGACGAGAGACAGAGCGCCACCUUCCCGUCAGGCCUCUCUUUAUCGAGGAGAAGCCAGCGUUGAGUAUUGCUCACCCGCCUGCCUAUGCCCAGUCCCUCAAACACCACCCGGCCACGUUUGGCUCCCAUGGACUGUCCACCGCCAUCUACAAGGAGGUGCCCACCAUCACCUCGGCCAAACUGGUCACCGUGAAGACAGCGAGGGCCCAAAGCAAGCGGAGAACUCCCACACUGACCUUACUGAAAGGCUUUAAAAUAUUUUAAACGUCUUGAUAAAAGCUCGCCCCAGCUGAUUGUGCAACUGGGAUGUCACAAAUUUUGAUACAUCGUCAGCCAAACUAACGUCAUCGGGCACCAGCGGGGAUCCAGACAACAACAACAAAUUACAUUUGUACAGCGCCUUUCAUGUC